GAGAGCGUGCGCGAGAGAGAACGAGAGAGACACAGCAAAAGGGAGAGGGAGUGAAAAAGGAAGGCUGAUAGUGAAGACCAAGGAAAUAGAGCUGCUAGUACUGUUAUUAUGGGAGGUCCCAUUCAGAAUAAAGGAUGUGCAGUCAUAUGCACAUAGCCUGCACAGGACUUAACAGGGUUUUACAGUACAAAAUCUUUAUAGUCUCACAGUGAUUUUUCAUCCACUUUUUCAAAAAAAUCUGCCUGUUUCUCUCUCUCUCUCUCUUGUUUUUGCAACAGCUAGAGCCUGGGUCUUUCCUAUUUCUUUCCUUUAUCCUCUGUCACUUUCUCUGUGCAUGAAGGCUUCUGCGAAAAGAAGAGGAGAACACUACACAUGAGUCUCUGGGGAUGAGGCCGUUGCCGCCAGUGCCGCACCCCCUGUCACCAUGACGAUGCCGCUCAGCCCCCUCUCCAGUGACGAGGAACAGCAAAGGAUGUUGGGAAAUAGUCAGCACUUCUAUCCAGGGGCAGAAGAGGAGGGAGCGGAAGAGGAGGAGGAGGAAGAGAGACGGGUAGAGAAUCAAGUGGAGGGAGAAGAUGAGAAUGGAGAGUUAGAGGAAGGGGAAGAUGAUGAAGAAGAUGAGGUAGUUGGAGGUGGUCAUUUGAGAGGAGGCAGGGAGGAGGGGCCUAGGCUAUCUGGCAACAUGCUUGGACGACAGACAGGAGACAGACAGUUACGGUCUGGCAACUUAGGACAUGGGAGAAACCCCCAUUCUUCAAGCACAGGACCCAUCCAUCAUCAGCUGGUGAAUCAACAGCUGCAACACCACUCCUCAACCAAUCAACAGAAGCAGCGACGACUGUUAGAGCGCAGCCAGAGUACAGCACCCUCUACAGAUGAAACACAAAUCUCACUGAUGGUAUUUCGCAUUGGCAUCCCUGACAUCAAACAGACGCAGAAAUGUCUACGGUUCAGCCCUGAGGAGACGGUGUGGAGUGCUAAGCAGCAGGUGCUGUGCUCCCUGACAGACUCCCUGCGGGAUGUGCUCAACUAUGGCCUUUUUCAGCCUGCCACGGAUGGCCAUGAUGCCAAGUUCUUAGAAGAGGAGCGAUUGCUUCGGGACUACCCACAAUCCUUUGAGAAAGGGGUGCCCUAUCUGGAGUUUCGCUACAAGACCAGAGUCUACAAACAGACAAAUCUGGAUGAAAAACAAUUAGCCAAACUGCACACCAAGGCCAGUUUGAAGAAAUUUAUGGAGUACGUACAAACUGGAUCAGUGGAUAAGGUAGCCAAGGUCUUGGAAAGGGGUCUCGAUCCAAACUACCAUGAUUCCGACAGUGGGGAGACACCCCUUUGCUUGGCAGCUCAGUCUGAACAGGGUGGAGGGGAAGGAAUCAGGAUCCUGGUUUCGGGGGGUGCGCACAUUGACUUCCGAGCUAAGGAUGGACUCACCCCUGUACACAAGGCUGUCAGAGCACAGAAUCAUGCAGCAUUGCUGGUCCUCCUAUCUCUUGGGGCCUCUCCUGACUACAAAGACCGCUGGGGCCUGACGCCACUCUACCACACUGUGCUGAUAGGGGGGGACACCUCCUGCUGUGAAACCCUGCUGUACCACAGGGCCAAGCUGGGGGUUAGGGAUGAGAAUGGCUGGGAUGAGACACACCAGAUCAGGGAUGAAGAGGAGUACGGAAUGCAGGAGAUACAUAAGGCCUGCCAGAAUGGUCAUGCGCAGCACUUGGAACACCUUCUAUUUUAUGGGGCAGACUACAGUUCCCAGAAUGCCUCAGGAAACACUGCCCUACACAUUUGUGCUCUGUACAAUAAGGAAAGUUGUGUCCGCAUCCUGCUCUAUAGAGGCGCCAAUAAGGAGGCAAAGAACAAGAAUGGGCAAACCCCCUUCCAGGUAGCAGUAAUGUCAGGCAAUUUUGAUCUUGGAGAGAUUAUUAAAAAUCACCGUGACUCAGAUGUAGUGCCCUUCAUCGAAUCACCCAAAUAUGCUCCUCAGAGGCGUGAGAGUGCUCGUGUCCUUGCUCUUCCCCAUGCACACCCACACCCUCUUCUCCGUGCCAACAGCGAUAACACUAUGAACAUGCCAGACUGGAUGGCUGUGCCUAACACUUCUGGACCCAACAUUGUGUCUGUACAGGGGCACAAGCCCUCAGGCUCCAUUCGCAGCUCCAGCAGUCCCCGUGGUCCCCGCACUCGCUCCCCAUCCCGGGGCCGAGGGGCAGAGAGGGAAGACAAGAGCCGGCAGGCCCGCGGGAGGCAGGGGGUAGCAUCAACUGGCAGUGGUGGGCCAUCUGGGGGCCAGAGGAGGCGUCUCUAUAGUGCUGUACCGGGACGAGUCUUUGUGGCAACACGCUCUCACUCUGCUCAGGGAGAGAGGGAGAUCAGCUUGAACAAGGGAGACAGAGUGAAAGUACUGAGUGUAGGAGAAGGAGGAUUCUGGGAAGGCACCGUGAGGGGUCGGACUGGCUGGUUCCCCUCGGACUGCGUAGAGGAGGUGGCAGCGCGUAAUCAGGAAACCCGCUCAGAAAGUCGCAGUGAAAAGGCCAGGAGGCUGUUCCGUCACUAUACUGUUGGAUCAUAUGACAGCUUUGAUGCCCCAAGUGACUACAUUAUUAAGGAGAAGACAGUGCUCCUGCAGAAGAAAGACAGUGAGGGUUUUGGCUUUGUGCUGAGGGGAGCUAAAGCUCAGACUCCUAUAGAGGAGUUUACUCCCACCCCAGCUUUCCCUGCUCUGCAGUAUCUAGAAUCAGUGGACGAAGGUGGCGUGGCCUGGAGAGCUGGUCUGCGAAUGGGAGACUUCCUUAUUGAGGUGAAUGGCCAGAAUGUGGUGAAGGUGGGGCACAGACAGGUAGUCAACAUGAUCAGGCAAGGUGGCAACAGCCUCAUGGUGAAGGUUGUCAUGGUAACCCGUAACCCAGAGAUGGAGGAGGCAUCCAGGAAGAAAAUACCCCAGCAGAGUAAGAGGCUGACUCCCCCUGCCAUCUCAAUGCGAUCCAAAUCUAUGACCUCAGAGCUGGAGGAAAUGGUGGAGAAAGCUGCGUCCCCAUGGAAGAAGAAAGCAGAGUACGAGUCUUCGCAAGUUUCAGAGAAGAAGAGGACAGUUUAUCAGAUGGCACUGAAUAAACUUGAUGAGAUUUUGGCAGCUGCUCAGCAGACAAUCAGCACCACUGAAGGGCAAGGGUCACGGCCACAUGGAGGAAAGAGGGAUCGGACCAGGGGUUUGUUCUCCAGCGAGACCACUUAUGACCAAUCAGGAAUGGGCAUGAUGUCAUCUGGGACAGGGUUUGGUUAUGAUCGUCCUCAGUUUGUAUCAGGCCAUGUCUCCCAGCACGGUAUGAUGCUACGACAGAAAUCAAUCGGUGUGACAGAGGAAGAGAAGCAGUACCUUCAUCCACCGGCUAUGAAGUUUUCACGAAGCCUGUCAGUCCCUGGCCCAGAUGACAUCCCUCCUCCCCCAACAACGGCCCCACCGGAACCUCCCUUAUCUGCUGGCCCACACUCAGGCUGGAGAGGAAAGCAGUCUCAACAGCCUCCAGGGUCUGCACCUCAGAUCUCCCCUCAGUCUGCCCACUACCAGCUGUACCCACAAGCGGUGCACUUCUCACACACAGGCAGAGACAGAGGGGGGGCAGGUGGGGGUAUGGACCACCCACAUCCUUUUCAUUCCCAACAAAGCAGGGCUGCAUCUCGGAAAGGAGCUGGCUACAUGGGGGACCCCUCAGGAGCUGGAGGUGGAGGAGGGAGGGCGGUUGGCUUGAGGAGGGGUUACAGUAAUGCUGUUCCCCCCUCUGCUGCAGCUGCUCUGUCCCAACAGCAAAUGUCUGCCUCUCAGCAACAGAUUUCCCGAGUGGACAGGAGCAACAUUGGGGCUGUAGGGGGUGGGGGAGUGCCCAAAGGGGGAGGCAGAAGAGGAAAAGGUCCCCUGGUAAAGCAGUCGAAAGUUGAGGAUGGAACCCGGCAGAGUCAUGCUCUGGGAAAGGCCUUACCAGAGAAGAGCUCCAUUCCCAUUCCCACCAUAAUAGUGAAGGCCCCCUCCACCAGCAGCAGUGGCCGCAGCAGCCAGGGCAGCAGUGUGGAGGCAGAGCCAAUUACAGACACUGACUCCAAACCCCCUCCUGGUGCUCCUGCAGGUCCUCCGACCUCUACACCCUCUUCUAUAGCUUCACCUCUGCCUCUCUCCUCUCCUCUUCCCCCUUCCUCAGUCCCCCCUUCUCUUCCUUCUCUGUGCAACCAGGAAAAUCUGGACUUUACCAGUCAAUUUGGGGCAGCUAUUGUGGGGGCAGCUCGCCGAGACAGGGAGCGAUUCCGUGAAGCAAGAAGGAAGAGUGCAUCCUUUUUUCUUUCAGCAGAAGAGGAACUUGAGGGAGGGGUAGGAGGGAGGACCCAAGGCUCACAACAGCAUGGUACUGAAAUUGAAGUCCCCGCCCCUCGUCUGCGACCCUCCAAAUCUAUAGAUGAGGGUAUGUUUUCUGGGGAUACUUUUAUUCACCACACACGCAGUAUGCCUCCUGCAUUUGGUCUACCUGAAUACUCCUCCCCAGCCCCUGGGGGUGACUAUCAGCCCAAAUCAGUACCAGGUGACUUCUAUGGGGCAGGGAAACAGCCAGCCACAACCUUCAUCCACCCGCUCACAGGAAAAGUACUUGACCCUUCGUCCCCACUGGGUCUGGCUCUAGCAGCAAGAGAAAGAGCUCUGAAAGAUGAUGGGAGAAUUCGACGGGAGAGCCAUUUUGGACGCCAGCUCUCCAGUGUGGGCGUCUUCCCAUCCACUGUCUCUGUGGCCCCAGCCCCCCUCCUGCCUCACAUAUCCCCCACUUCUGCCACCUCACCCUCCCAGUCCUCCAGCUCCUCUUACCUUGUUACUUCCUCCUCCCUAGCAGCUACCACCUCGACUAUGGGCCGUCCACCUUCCCCAAGGAUAUUGCGUGGGGGAUGGGGAGAGGAUGGAGCAGAAAAAGAAAAGGAAAGUGGACCCAGAGAGGGGUUGAGAGUACGAUUUUCAGAAGACAAAACUGUCCACACGCAUCACUUUCAGUCUGAGCAGUGCCCAACAAGCUACAGAGAGAGAGAAAGAGAGAGAGAAAGGGAAGGGUAUGGCAGGAAACAGGAGCAGCAGCCUACCACACAGCCCCCCUAUCCAUCUACCCAACAGGCUCCACCUCGGCGGCCCUCUUUCUUACGGAUGGAAAGUGACGCUAAUGCCUACGUCUUGUCCCUCACACCUCCAUCCCCUCCACCUGUAGCCCCAGACCGCACACAAGGGGGUGGAACGGGAGAGAGUGGGACCUCAGGGCUCAUGGUAUUACCCCCUCCUGCACCCUCUGUGGAUGCAGAUGAUGAUUUUGUCUUUGUUGAUCCGCUGCCUCCACCCCUUCAGUUCGCAAACAGCUUUGAUCGUGGACUGGGAGGAAUACCGGGGUACAACCAACAGGGGGGGAUAAUGCACUCCUCUCAGAAACCCCCACCACCACCACCUCCCCCUCCCCCUCCCCCACCACCUACCCAAAAAGAACCUUUCAUAGGAAAUCUCCCCCCACACACUCCACUACCUUCUCCACAGGCUGGAGACUCCACUGCUUCAAGUCUCACCUCCUAUGACAGUGAAGUGGCUAACCUCACCCAAUCUGCACUCUCCCCUUCUCCAUCAUCCCCCCACCCGUUACUGCCACCUUCACCCUCUACUCUUCAACCCACUACUUCUGAGUCAUCUGCACCUCCUUCCAUCUCUCCACCUCCCCCAUCCUCUGGAAACCUGCACAGACCAUUCCCCCUGUCCCACUCUCACCACCUAAUCAACAGCACACAUGCCCCAGGACGCUCCUCCCCCACCCCUCCCCCUCUCACUGCAGUAAAUCCCACAAUGUGCCCAACAUACCGUAGUCCUUCCCCUAGUGCUAACUCCAACUCAGACAGAGGCUCUGUUUCUGUUCCCGUGACUGUGUCUCAUGCAACCACCACCGCCACUACUGCCCUAACCACUACUACUGCCACCACCUCACUCUCAGAGCUUGCUGUUAGCACCACCACCAGUGGUGGAGGCAGAAGAGCAGACCAUCCCCCACCCCCCACCAAAAGUGGAGAGUCCCAAGAGACAGUGGUAGACUCUGGGAUUGAGGAGUUGGACAGUCGCAGCAGCAGUGACCAUCAUUUGGACAACAUCCUUGGAAUUGGGGGAGCUAGAGGAGAUAGAGUAGUGGGUGUAGAGGGGGAGAGAGCGAGUGACCUCCUGGAUUCCUACAUGACUUGUCUGGAUGGGCAAACAUUUGAAAUGCACAAUGCCAAAUCAGCGAGCUCUACCUACCCGAAACUGCAGCGCUACAGGGACAGCGGGAGUGCAGUGUCAGAACUGCGCAGACACACCAGCACUGCACCCGCCUCCUUUCGCUCCCAGAAACGGAGAGAUGAGGAGGCAGUGGAAGCUGAGGCAGAGAGGGCAGGGAGAGAUGAGGGGGAUGAAAUGGGGGAGGGACAGGAUAGUUACAGUGAAAUGCAAAAUUUGGAUCGGCCUUCAUCCAUCUACUUUGAGCGGCCCCACACCCCGGAGCUCAAGCCUCAGUGGGGUGAGGGGGGUAUGGGUGUGGUGGGUGAAGGGGUGGAGGAAGGAGGGAGCCAGGGAAGGGGGAUGUUUUUGGAAGGACGGAAGCUGCCAUCCCCUCUCUCCAGCAUGAAGGCUAGUAUCAUCAGUGAGCUGAGUUCCAAGCUGCAACAGAUGGGGAACAAAAGCAUGGAGGGUUGGGGAGGUCAGAGGUCACUGAGCAGACACAGGCACAGGUUUUCAGAAGACUCCUCUACUUCUGCUCUAAGCCCUCCCACAGCCCGCUCCCCCUCCCCAUUACCUACAUCCCCCUGUCAGCCUCACCAGCCAGCCCUGUCCCCCACCCCUUCCCUUUCCUCUCAGCCUCCACUCUAUCCCAGUUGGACUCGUUCUCCUUCCCCUCAGCCUUCCAUAGCUCCCUCCCAACCACAGCAAGCUCACCCCCCACUCUCACCAUCCUACUCCCCCUACCCUACUUCACCUAAACACCGGGCUUCUUACCGCAACAAAGCCUUCGAUUUCCAGUUUAUCCCAAGCCGGGAGUCCCGCAGGUCUGAUUCCCACCACAUACAGCGGCGCCGUGCUCCCAGUCCCCUGAUAUCCCCUUCUGAAAGGCCCAAGCUUGCUCCACCUCGUCCCUCUUCCCUCCCCAUCCUGCCCACAGCCCCUCUAUAUGGUAGCCCCUAUGAGCUUCGAGGUUCCAUCACCCCACCUUCCCCAGCCAACCCCCUUGGAGACCCCUAUUUCACCCAUUCCCCUCCGCUCUUUGCCCCAUCUGGAGCCCCUCCACCAAACUCCUUGGUGGGUUCUCGCUCCCUCUCCCCCACCCACUUCCUCUCAGGCACUUCCUCCCCCCCACUGCACCCCUUACCCCCUCCUGCCUGUCUUAGUUACCCCCACCUGUCAUCCCCUCCCUCCUCCAAACCUUUUGCUUCAAAGCCCCUCCCAUACUGGACCAAGUAUGAUGUGGCAGACUGGCUGGGCUACCUGAAUUUGGGAGAGCACAGGGAGAGAUUCCUGGACAAUGAGAUUGAUGGCACACAUCUCCCCUCCCUUACCAAGGAGGACUAUCUGGACUUGGGUGUGACCCGUGUGGGCCACCGCAUGAACAUCGAGCGGGCACUGAAGAGACUCUUGGACAGGCUUUCUUCUCCCUUUCCUGUCUCUGCUCUUUCUCCUCGAGAGGGACAGACUGAGAGAAGGAGGGAUGAGGGAACACGAAGCUGAGAGGAGAGAGAGAGGGAGAGAGUGAGAGGAUGAGGUGAAAAGAGAGAGAGAGAGCAAGGGAGAACACAGCUGCCUCUAGUCAUGCUGGAUUCUAAGUCUGAUGGAAACAAGACUUCAGUGAUGAUGAGAAUAUUAAUAACAAGAGAAGAAAGGAAGAAGGGAUGGGAAAAUGGAAGAGAAGCAGACACGCCCGGGCAGGUCCACUGCCAACUAAAACAGACACACAUGCGCAGACACAUAGAUGUUUAUACAGAAACAAGUACGCAAACAAAAGCACACACCCACAAACACACAUGUAUGCCCACAUAUUUACAUCACUACCAGACACAUUAUACACGUUUGUCAGUGACAAAACAAAAACCAAACAAAACAGUAAAAACUGGUUGAAACCUGGGACUUUUCUUCACCAUUUUUUAAAAGAUAAUGAGAGCAUAAGUGAGCAAAAGCAACCCGGAGAGAGUUACAUCUAAUGGCCCACAGACCAUCAUUUCUUGCACUCUCCUCUGUAUUUCUGAGCCUUUUACAACUACACUAAGAGUUUCAGUAUAGUGUAACAUGCAUUUGAGCAGUGCGUAAAGAAAGGCUUCCCCUCAGCAACAUACAUGUGUCUGUUCUGUGGGUACAGAGGCAUGUAGGAGAGAAGUUCAUGUAUUUACCUCACUAUUAGACUUGAUGGGCGCUGUUCUGUAAGUGCACUGAAUGCACAUUGUGUACUAUGCUAUACUAUAGCAUCUAUACAGACUGGGCUCUGCAAAGCCUGUAGCAAAAAAGUGCCCACACCAACAAUGAUGGUAUCACACACACACACACACACACACACACACGCAUGUACACACACACACACACACACACACACAC